AUGGGAGUGGAGUACCUUUACCAGCAAACUGGUCAAGUUCUUCAGGACUACAAGCUGGCCAUACAAGAGUCAGAGAGCAGCGAGGUGGCAAUAGAGGUUCAUGCAGGUCAUGCUGAACCUGAGGAGUUUCAGGACUUCACUGUCCUCACCUUCCACCUUCAAAGGUUACCUGCUGCCUCAUCAAAAGCAUCGUCCUCUGUAUCUCCGUCUCCAUCCACCAGCACCCUGUCCUUGCGCACCCUGUCCUCACUGUCUGCGGUCCUUCCUCCAUCCUCCACCAGCACCCAGUCCUCACUGUCUGUGCACCGUGUUUACCCGUCCAUCCCUGCAAACCUGAGGAGACCGAUCAAAGUUCUGUCCCUGUUUGAUGGCAUAGCAACAGGCUACCUGGUGCUGAAGGAUCUCGGCUUCAAAGUAGACGAAUGUUAUGCUUCAGAGAUUUGUGAGGAUUCGAUUGCAGUGGCGACCGUCAACCACGACGGGAAGAUCAUCCACGUUGGAGACGUCCGCUUCAUCACCCAGAAACACCUGGAGCAGUGGGGUCCGUUUGAUAUGCUGAUCGGUAGCAGCCCCUGUAACGACCUCUCCAUCGUCAACCAUUUAAGAAAAGGCCUCUAUGAGGGCAGUGGCAGGCUGUUCUUUGAGUACUACCGCAUCCUCCAGCUGCUGAAGCCCAAGGAGGAAGACCCCAGGCCGUUCUUCUGGCUCUUUGAGAACGUCGUCUUAAUGAACACACAUGACAAAGUCAACAUCUGCCGCUUCCUCGAGGUGGGCAAUAUUUGGUUUAUUUUUAUGUUGAGCUCCCCUGCUCACAGAGCACGAUACUUCUGGGGAGAAAUCCCGGGGAUGAGCAGGCCCAUCAUAGCGUCCCAGAACGACAAGCUGAUUCUGCAGGACUGUUUAGAGAUCGGAAGAGAAGCCAGGGUCACCAAAGUGAGGACGAUCACUACCAAUUCAAACUCUCUAAGGCAGGGCAAAGGACCGUCCUCUCUGCUGCCCGUCGUCUACAACGGCAGGGAAGACAGCCUCUGGAUCACUGAACUGGAAAAGAUCUUUGGUUUCCCCAAACAUUACACGGACGUGAGGAACAUGACCCGGCAGCAGAGGCAGAAGGUGUUGGGGGAGUCGUGGAGCGUGCCCGUCAUCCGCCACCUCUUCGCUCCCCUCAAGGAAUAUGUUGCCUGUGAGAAGCUGCCUCCUCUGACCAUAUCCUCCAUCUCCUCCACAUCCUCCCCUGACUCUCCAGAGAUGAUGCAACUCAGAUAG